AUUCACUUGAAGUUUUAGAUACAUUGUAGCAUUCGUUUGAAAUUUGAGAUACAUUGGUCAGGAUGAAGUUUCGAAGCCCUGUGAGCAUGCCGAGUGAAAAUGUUCGUGAGAACAAACAGACAGCGCAAAAUUUGAGUUCACCGCCAGACGCCAAGAACCACAAGGGAACGAUUCGCCGACAGGAGAGAGAAGGAAGCCCGAAAUGUUACCACUGUGACGGAGAGGAAAACAUUACUGUUGAACAUUUCCUGUUGUCCUGUUCAAAGUUUGAAGAGAUUCGCUCAGAGCUACUUUGCCAACUCCGCGGCAAGCUGGAAGCUAUCGGAGAGAGCGGUUUUCAAGUAUGGGAGACCUUCACAGCAAGCAGCCCUGCAUUCCAAUCCAAGAUCAUUCUUGGAGCGCAGAGCUUUGGCGCCGAAGAGGACGAGGCAAUCAAUCACUUUCGGACACAGUACGUCGCCAGGGCCUGGAGCGAGAGGCUUGUGAUAUGAGGUCGUU